UGGGCCAUUGGAAGCCGACUUUUCCGGCUCUCCGCACGCGAACACCAGCACGGAUGGAGCUCCCUAUCCCAUCUCACCUCGCCUACAACUCCACUCCCUCGGCUCAGCCGUCGAGGGCCGUUGCUAGGGUUUCUCCGGCGAGCCUCUCCGGCAGUGCCUCUUGGAUCCGUCUCUCCUCCUCCGCCGACAACAAGAGCUGCGGCUUCAUGGGAGACUCUGCCGCUCGGAGUCCGGUCAUCUCGUGUUCUGCCUCUCUCAAUUACAAUGGAGCUCCUAUCCCAGAAGCGCCUGCGAUUGGAACCGGUGGUCGGAUUAGAGAGGUGAAGAGGGUUACGAAGGAGACGAAUGUGUCCAUGAAGAUUAAUCUGGACGGGACCGGAGUUUCCUAUAGCAGCACCGGCAUUCCCUUUCUCGAUCACACGUUGGAUCAACUUGCUUCAUAUGGGCUGUUCGAUGUACAUGUAAGGACAACUGGUGACAUUCACAUUGACGAUCAUGACACGAUUGAAGAUGUUGCUCUUGCCAUUGGAACAGCGAGUAUUCGCUCCUGUUCAGACUUUCAUUCCAUGGUCAGCUCUAUUGUUACUGAAGAAGAAUCUUCUAAGGGAGGUGGUACUUAUAUAUAUAUGAGAUAUGACAUUUCCCUCUGA